AUGGGGCAUUAUACGGAUAAAUGUCCCACACUCAGUAGUGAACCAGAGGAUGUUAAUGCAAUGGGAGGAUAUCAAGGUCAACUAAGACCCAUGGGAUUUCAAAACACCUAUAACUCAAAUUGGAGGAAUAACCCAAACAACCCAUACCCACCAAAGCAAAACCCACCAAAUGUUAUGAUGAGACCCCAAUUUUCCCAAUACCCAUCCCAACAACCUCUAUAUCCGCAAACGUCUCAUCACCCUCCAAAUUACCAACAACCUCAACUACAAGGCCAAUCAAGUGGUAACCAUCAAAUGGGUCUUCAAGAACUCACCAAGAACACCUUCUCCGACAUUCAAGCACAAGUUGGAGACUUGGUCACCACUCUCAACAAGAUAGAACAAAGGGGUAAACUUCCAUCUCAAACCGAGAAGAAUCUGAAUGUACGUGCAAUAAUCUUGAAAAGUGUGAAAACCCUUGGAGAAAGCAUCCCCAAAAGAGUUUCAAGAGAAGUAGAAGAUGAGUUUAUUGUUGUUGAGCCUACAAAUGUUGUAGUUCCUCCAAAGGAACCAGUUGUGACGAACAUUGAUCAACUCGAAUUUUUCAACAAUGGCAUUAAGCCAUUGGUCAUACCACCACCUUUUCCUUCCCGGUUAGCCAUUUCAAAGAAGAAAGAGGAAGAAAAUGAAUUCUUUGAAACUUUCCACAAGGUCCAAAUCAACAUUCCACUAUUGAAUGCUAUUAAGAAAAUUCCAAGUUAUGAAAAUUUUCUCAAGGAUUUAUGCACCAAGAAGAGGAAAUUCAAGGCAAAUGAAAAGAUUAAAGUAUAUGCAAACUUGUAUGCGGUUAUCCAAAAGAAAUUACCUCCUAAAUGCAAGGAUCCAAGAAUAUUUGUUAUCCCUUGUACCAUUGGUGAUUUGCAUGUCGAAAGUGUCAUGCUAGAUCUUGGAGCCUCAAUCAAUGUCAUGCCAUACUAG